GAGUACGACAGCGUGAGAAGACGGAAACAGUUUGAUGAGGAUAAAGUGGGGUGUGUGAUCUGUGGGGAUGACGAGAAGAUGGGUCGGGAGUGCACUCGGUUGACUAUAUGCGGUCACAUUGCUUGUAAGGAUUGUCUGAGAAAUGCGCUGUCAGCGCAUAUAGAGGAUGGUGUAACUGCUGGUGCACUACGAUGUCUGCAUUGCAAUGUAGAGAUGGAGUUGAAUGAGGUGGGAGAGUUCGCAACGCCUUCCCAAUUUGAGGCCUACGACCGUCUUUUAUUGCAACGUAGCCUCGCUCUUAUGAGUGAUGUAGUGCGAUGUCCACGUCCGGAAUGUUCAGGAACGUGUCUUGCAGAGAACGAUUACAUGGCCCGCUGUCCCAUCUGUCGCCACGCUUUCUGCCCUCGAUGUCUGGGCCUUUACCAUGGCGAGGUACCAUGCUCAUCUCGUUCUGACGAGGCCAAACUGGGUGAUAUAGAGGAGGAUACGUAUUCGAGGCUCGUCCGAUAUGAAGAAGAAGAUGAGAUCCCGUUGCCAUCAGAAGGAAUCGAGUGGAUGACAUGGAGACUGGGUCACACACCAGACUCUAACUAUCGUCGGAAACUCAUUAAGAAAAUCCUUACUCUUCGGAGUAAUGCAGUGGGAGAGGCUCUCGUAUCUCGCCAGCUCAAGGAGAUGAACUUCUACCGCUGCCCCCAUUGCGGCGUGUUCACCUGCUACUACCUGCUGUUGUGGAUGUGGCAAUACUGCCUUGAAGGCUGCAUGUACAGCUCACGACCCGCCACUAUCAGCGGCGCCUUAAUACGGGAUGAGUUGGAGAGUUUGCGUUGUAGCUCUUAG